CCAGUUCGUUGCUUCAAAACAUCGCGAGAUUUUCUCCUUUCAAUCUCCGCCCCUUUACGGCACGAUGGUCGCACAAGAAUGUGAUACAGCCUCGACGGCCGCCAUUUUCUUUCUUUCUUAGCAGUUGGCUGAGGGAAGGUGUCUGCGAAGAAGCGGCAGCGGCCACUAUAGCGUAGACAUGGCAGACUACUCAACGGUGCCUCCACCUUCUUCUGGCUCAGCUGGUGGUGGAGGCGGCGGCGGUGGUGGUGGAGGAGUUAACGAUGCUUUCAAAGAUGCGCUGCAGAGAGCACGGCAGAUUGCAGCAAAAAUUGGAGGUGAUGCUGGUACAUCACUGAAUUCAAAUGACUAUGGUUAUGGGGGACAAAAAAGACCUUUGGAAGAUGGAGAUCAACCAGAUGCUAAGAAAGUUGCUCCUCAAAAUGACUCUUUUGGAACACAGUUACCACCGAUGCAUCAGCAGCAAAGGUCUGUAAUGACAGAAGAAUACAAAGUUCCAGAUGGAAUGGUUGGAUUUAUAAUUGGCAGAGGUGGUGAACAGAUCUCACGCAUACAACAAGAAUCUGGAUGCAAAAUACAGAUAGCUCCUGACAGUGGUGGCCUUCCAGAAAGGUCUUGUAUGCUAACUGGAACACCUGAAUCUGUCCAAUCAGCAAAACGGUUAUUGGACCAGAUUGUUGAAAAAGGAAGACCAGCCCCCGGCUUCCACCAUGGUGAUGGACCAGGAAAUGCAGUUCAGGAAAUCAUGAUUCCAGCUAGCAAGGCAGGAUUAGUUAUUGGAAAGGGGGGAGAAACUAUUAAACAACUUCAGGAGCGGGCUGGAGUUAAAAUGGUUAUGAUUCAAGAUGGACCUCAGAACACUGGUGCUGACAAACCUCUUAGGAUUACAGGAGACCCAUACAAAGUUCAGCAAGCCAAGGAAAUGGUGUUAGAGUUAAUUCGUGAUCAAGGUGGUUUCAGAGAAGUUCGAAAUGAGUAUGGGUCAAGAAUAGGAGGAAAUGAAGGGAUAGAUGUCCCCAUUCCAAGAUUUGCUGUUGGCAUUGUAAUAGGAAGAAAUGGAGAGAUGAUUAAAAAAAUACAAAAUGAUGCUGGUGUUCGAAUUCAGUUUAAGCCAGAUGAUGGAACAACACCUGAUAGAAUAGCACAAAUAACAGGACCUCCAGACCGAUGUCAACAUGCUGCAGAAAUUAUUACAGACCUUCUUCGAAGUGUUCAGGCUGGUAAUCCUGGUGGACCUGGACCUGGUGGUCGAGGAAGAGGUAGAGGUCAAGGCAACUGGAACAUGGGACCACCUGGUGGACUACAGGAAUUUAAUUUCAUUGUACCUACUGGGAAAACUGGAUUAAUAAUAGGAAAAGGAGGUGAAACCAUAAAAAGCAUAAGCCAGCAGUCUGGUGCAAGAAUAGAACUUCAGAGAAAUCCUCCACCUAAUGCAGAUCCUAAUAUGAAACUAUUUACAAUUCGUGGCACUCCACAGCAAAUAGACUAUGCGCGGCAACUUAUAGAAGAAAAGAUUGGUGGCCCAGUAAAUCCUUUAGGGCCGCCUGUACCCCAUGGGCCCCAUGGUGUCCCAGGUCCCCAUGGGCCUCCUGGGCCUCCAGGGCCUGGAACUCCAAUGGGACCAUACAACCCUGCACCUUAUAAUCCAGGACCACCCGGCCCUGCUCCUCAUGGUCCUCCAGCUCCUUAUGCUCCCCAGGGGUGGGGAAAUGCAUAUCCACACUGGCAGCAACAGGCCCCUCCUGAUCCAGCUAAGGCAGGAACGGAUCCAAAUUCAGCAGCUUGGGCUGCCUAUUACGCUCACUAUUAUCAACAGCAAGCACAGCCACCACCUGCAGCUCCUGCUGGUGCACCAACUACAACCCAGACCAAUGGACAAGGAGAUCAGCAGAAUCCAGCUCCAGCUGGACAGGUUGAUUAUACCAAGGCUUGGGAAGAGUAUUACAAGAAAAUGGGUCAAGCAGUUCCUGCUCCUACUGGUGCUCCACCAGGUGGUCAGCCAGAUUAUAGUGCAGCCUGGGCUGAGUACUAUAGACAACAAGCAGCCUACUAUGCCCAGACAAGUCCCCAGGGAAUGCCACAGCAUCCUCCAGCACCUCAGUGCCUUCCCAGACCUUCCACCUUAGGUUCUGCUGCAAAAAGCAACAGUGCUGAAGAUGCUGCAAGCACCAAAUCAUAGCUCAUAAAAUCAGGUCCUGAGAUAGUUACCCAUAAAGAGGAAUCCUUUGAGUGUAUGCCAUUGGUGAGCCGAUGAGCAUGGACCAUAGAAGGGCUCAAUGUAGAAGGUAAAAUUGGCAAAUCAUAAUUGAGAAAUAUGAAAUGUAUUCCCAUACAUAAUAUGGUAUAGGGUGUAAUGUACCUGCUUUUGAUCACUUUUCAUUUUAAAGUGCUAUUCGCUUGAUCUUGAAUGUUCCAUGAACUGUUAAAUUUUGUAAGUUAUAUAGUUACUGCACCACAUUUAUGUGUGUGUAUGUAUUGUUUUAAUAGUCAAUGAUAGGUAUGUUAAGACUGAUAAUACAAAGGAGCUCUUUGAACCUUAAGAGCCUGUCAAGUUUUGGUUAGUUGUAGUUUGCAUUUUUAUAAAAUAUAGAUGAAUGCUAAUAGAUAUUGGGGCAUUGUUUCUAUCUCGAGUUUUUUUUAUUCGUUACCAUAAGCCUUCACUGGUACUGCAUUUUUUUUAAAUGGCGCUGAUCUUAACCUUGAAAUAAAUGGAAAGCAGAAAAGGUGAGCCAGUUGACUUGAAUGCAAUGGAUGUUAGGAGUGGUAGAAACAAUGUUUAGAUUGAAAUUGAACUGAUUAUUUAGCACUUAAAAAACUUGACAGUGUGUUUCAUUUUUAAUGAUAUUUUAGAGUGGUGUUAUGUAGAAUUCUUAUGGUUUGAUGUUUCUUUUAGAAAUGAAAAGUAUACUUUUAUUUUUAACUAAUGAAAAUGGUUUUAAUACUAAAACUAAUGAUUUGAUACUAGUUGUUUAUAAACAUUAUAUUUCCUUAGACAAAUACCUUGGUAGUUAAUUCAUAAGGGUGGGUUUGGGUAGGAGUGGCAGAGUACCUUAAGAGGGAAAUAGGAAUAUAUGCAGAAGUGAUAACAUUUGUUUGAAUACUCUGCCAGGAGAACCAGCUCUAUCUGCAAACAUCUGUUGUCUAGAAUAAGGAUGUAGAAAUGAUCAAUGAGGAUGUCUUUUUAUUUUCUGAAAAUUCUGCCUCAUUUUAAAAUUAUUUUAACAAUACUAAAGAUAAUUUUGACUCUGAAAAUAACCUUAUUUUUUGUUUAGUCAUUUGAGUUUUCUUGCCACAGUAUAAAUUUCUGAGGGAUUUUUUAAAUUGGUGCUUUUAAGAAGCAAAUCCCGAGGUUUUAUUUUCUUCAAUGAUAGCCCUAUAGAAACUCUUAAAUGUAUUUGCGCAUAUAUAUAUAUAUUUUUUCUUAUGCAUGCUCGAUGCAUUUUCGUCCUGAGAAAAGUGUUCUCUACAGAAACUACCCGUGUGUAAAAAGAAGAUUGGCUUAAAAUGGCUACUGUGAUGGGAACAGUGUCUUAGGGAGAUGCAGCUUGGACUUGAGGUAAAUUGAAUACUUUACAAACUGUGGUUUAGAGUUUGCUUUAAUGACAUUGUAUGUAAAAGGGCACAUGAUUGCUGUAAUUUUGUAUUGAUUAUGGUUUCCUCAAUAAAAAAAAUAAAUGUACAUUGAUCAAUAUU